UGCUCAAAUAUUGACUUCGCGAUUGUGAGUGGUGUCGUAAGCGAGUCGUGCAGUAGACGGCGAUGCUCUUUUAAAAAAGGAGUUCUUAGAAGUGAUAAGUCAAGUGUGGUUGGGCGGAGAACUAAUAAUCGGAGUAUCCUGGAUAGAGAAGUCACGGACGAUGCUACUGGCGGCUAGUGCUGUGCUUUUUGGGUUGACCAUCGGUCUCUCCCACGCGAGCAUCCCAGCCCUCGAGUCGACACCGAGUUCCUUCAACAAUCAUGGAGUGCCCCGGUUGGAUUUGGAUAGUCUCGAAAGCGGAUACCACGGCCUGGUGAAGGAAAAUGAAACUCUGGUCGAGGUCACGCCGCAGAUACGAGCUUUGGGCGCGAAAGUCUGCUCCUUCCGUAUCGCCAACAAACACCACGGCGAAGCACCCUUCGAGAUUGUUUUAAAAGAGAAAGGGAUCGCGGAGCUGAGAGCACUGCGAGUUCUGAACUGCGAGAAACGGCGCAACUACAAGUUCGACAUCGAAGCGGUCGGAUGCAAUGGCGCACUAUCGGAAAAUGCUACGGUGCACAUUACUGUCGUCGAUGUGAACGAGUAUGCGCCGCAAUUCCUGCAACCAGCCUAUGUCAGCACGGUGGACGAAGGUCGUUUGUACGAAGAAGUGGUCCGGGUCGAGGCGUCUGACAGAGACUGCACCCCUAAGUUCGGCGACGUAUGCAAAUACGAGAUUCUGACUGCCGAUCAGCCAUUCAUCAUCGACAAUGAAGGAGCCAUCCGGAACACCGAGCCGCUGGAUUACGAACGUUCGCACAAUUACAUCCUGAGCGUGGUGGCGUACGACUGUGGCAUGAAACAGUCCGCUCCGGCCAUGGUAACCGUUAAGGUCAACCGUGUCUGCGCGCCCGGUUGGAGAGGAAUCCCGGAAAGGGUAGAUUACGCUGCGGGCGUCGGUUCUCAACCGUUGCUGCCUUCCGCCAGGCUGGAUCUCUGCGACGCUCCCUGUAUAUUGCGCAACGUCCGAGCUACAUUAACCCUUGCUACCGACCAUAUAGGGAAAGGUUGCGACCGUGACACGUACGGCGUACGCAGCCAACGCAAGCUGUGCGGCGCUUCCCGCGACAGCGUGGACUUAUUGCCGACACCUGGGCCUACCACUUCCUGGACAGCGUCUUUGUCCCGUGACGAAGGCAGGGAGGCGGACGAGAUCUUCGAGUUCGAUGGCGUCGAUUCGGCUGCUAUCGUGCCCAGCGACGUCCUCGAGCACACACUGGCCCAGAAAUUCACCAUCGGCGUAUGGGUGAAACACCGUCCUCGUCCCAGACAAGAUCCUCACGUGAAGGAACACAUUCUUUGCGCGGCUGACGAUCAUAAAAUGAAUAGACAUCACUACGCCCUAUUCAUCAGAAACUGCAGACUGAUUUUGCUACUCAGACGCGACUUCUCGGAAGGUGACCCGAACAUCUUCCGGCCUGCCGAAUGGCGAUGGAAGCUUGGCCAAGUGUGCGACGACAAGUGGCAUCACUAUGCCGUCCAGGUCGAUUUCCCGCAUGUCACCCUGUACGUCGACGGAGAAGAAUGGCGAACCGACGAAAAGAACCCGGAGGUGAUCGACGACUGGCCGUUGCACCCCGCGAAGGGCGUUAACACGACCCUGGUCGUUGGCGCUUGCUGGCAAGGCUCUGACAACAAGACCAAACACCAUUUCCGCGGAUAUCUUGCCGGUCUCUCGGUUCUGGUUGGGCGAAACGAGAAGCCGGACGUGUUGUCUUGCCUGCGCCGUUGCCAGGAAGGUAUCCGCGUGCCGUCCAUGGACCUGCUCCAACCGGGGACCCAAUUGCUGGCUAAUUCCGAUCUGACCGAGGUACGAAUCGAUGGGGACAAUCGCACUAACGUCGAAACGCUUCUCCGGCGUAUCGGUUACUCGAACUCUAGACGCUUCCCGACCCCAGGCCGCCGUAAUUUCCGCUUAGAAACGACAAUUGUAUGCGAAGGUAGCGAGAACAAUCCGCUUCCGGUGCCGACCGUUCAAUCGUACGUUACUGUCUUGCCGCCGCCGCGUCCGGGCAUCACCGUGAACGGCACCGGUUACGUAGCUAGGGAGUACGCAGAUUUCCGUUUAGGGGUACGAGUGUUCCCGGACGCUCGUGUCACCGCCGGUUCCGCGGCUAGGUUGGAUGCGUGUGCCGUCAGCGUUUAUCCGAGUCUGAACCCCGACCACGAAAGCUUAGGUCUGCCUGGCGACGCUCUGCGUAGAUUCCAUUCUAUCACCGCGCGUGUCGACCGAGACGGCGUCGUUCUGUCGGGUGCGGACACGCCGUACAACUACCAGCAACUGAUCCGCUUAAUCAUGUACACGAACCGCAAGCCGGCUUACUAUCUCGAUCGCGUCUUCAAGCUAACUUGCUCCGAGCUGAGCGGUCGGUUUGCAAGCAACGAGUACGUGCAAACGCUGGCCGUUAUUCAUCCGAAAGAGAAGACCACCGCUGUUCCUCACUCGACCCCGGACGAGCCACCCAUCGCUAGAAUCAUGGAGCCGGUCGCUGGACACGCACAGUUGUCUCCUCAUCACGCGGACCUGCCGGAGGAAUACGCAACGACCGUGCUCCGCGAAGGGGCCAGAGGCUUCGGUGCUGGUGGUAGUCAUGCCGUAACGAUCGUCGUCGCCGCUUGUAUCUGUUUCUUGCUGUUGAUGGCGGUGGUCGGCGCCGCCAGGGUCAGGGGAGCCGCAAAACGACGACGAUCCGCCGGCGAUGAACUGGCUGCCGAAACCGAGAUGGCCUGGGACGAUUCCGCGCUCGCUAUCACCGUGAAUCCGAUGGAGAGGCUCACGGAACACGAUUCCCAUCACCAGAAUCAGAGAGACGAGGAUGUCGAUGAUUCUGGAAGCUCCGACUCGGAAGACGGAUCGUACAGAGACGAUGACCUGGAUAGCUCCGACUGCGAAAACGAUUGCGAACUGAGCAACGGCCGGCAUCGUGGCCACACUUCACCUCAUGAAUUGGAAUGGGAUCAUCGUGAUGUUUAAAUUACUACCCUCCUCUGCAUUCACCAUCCCCUUUCUUUGUGUGGUGAUUAAGUGGAGUACUAGCUCACCAUUGCUUUCCAUUGUUCCCGUUCGAAUGGUCAUUAUUUUUUUCAAUUUCUUUUCUCUCUGCCCCUCUCUAUCUCCAUCUAUAUCUCUCUCUCUUUCUCUCACUCUCCCUCUCUCGCAACGCUUCGCAAUUCAUAUGAAAACGCAUACGCUAGCCUACCAGCGAGCUUCGAAUAAAUUACACGAAUCGUUCCAAUACACCUUUCGCGGUAACGUUCGAACGUGGACGUUAUCCUUUUAAAGAUAUUUCGAUUUUUGAUAAACCGAUUCGAUAUUUUUAUGCAACCGCGGAAGCGUAAAAUCGUAUUAUAAUAUCCGUCCCCAUACAUAACAUUGGCAUCAUGAAACGUAAAUGCACCAACUAGUUAGUACUCUCCUUAACAGCCAGCAAAAUUUGUAAGAGUGCGGGACGCUUUAUCGAAUAGUUAAACUCUUUGUAUCUACGACAUGUCGCUGAUGUUGGUAGAUGAAAGAAACACGUGAAAGAAAAGAAAUUAAAUACUUAACAUUUACCGAGAAGUGUUUCUCGGUAAGUACGGAAAAGAAUUAAUUUAUAUUUGUCACUCAUUACUACUAAUUUUAAUAAUAUUAUUACAGCUGCUAUUAUUAUUAUUAUUAUUAUUAUUAUUACUAUUAUUAUUAAUAUUAUUAUUAAUAUUAUUAUUUUUAUUUUUAUUAUUAGUAGUAGUAGCAGGACAAGGGAACCUUUUUAUACUCUUAACUGUCUCUUUUGACAUUUACUCUAUGUUUAUUCUAUUCCACUAUUUGCUAUGGUAAAUUUAACUAACGUCGACUAUAUUCGCUAUCAUUGAUUGUAAUUCUAAUUGAUGCGCAGGACGGCCCGAUAAAACGUAUUUGGAAUUUU